AUGGGUGGGAAAGUGGAUACUUCGAUUUCAAAUACCUCUGGCCCUUUCUCAUUUCGAAUACAUGGCGGGAACUACCACAAAAUCGGAUCAUUGCUUCCAAAGGAAGGGGAUCCCCCACGUUAUUUGCAGCUUUAUAUUUUCGACACAGCCAAUGAGGUACAAAACCGAUUAAAUACUAUGACCAGAAAACCCAAUUCUGAAGACUUGGAUCCCCUUAUCAUGGCUUCUCUGAUUGAAAUGGUUGAUACACAUAACCACCUGGCUAAAUCAUUCCGUAAAAUUCGCGACAUACAUGAUGGUGGUGUCCCAGAAUUUUCGAUUCGAAUGGUUGGGCAACGCCGCUACGGCAGACAAUAUGAGUUACCAACUACUGAAGAAAUAGCCGGCCUCAUUGUCGGUGAUUUAUCAGCUACCACAUGCGAGCGAGAUAUUGUUGUUUACCCACACUCAGAUGGUUUGCAGAUAAUCAAUGAGAAGCAUCCUCGACUUAUGAGUUUGCAAUACCCGUUGUUGUUUCUAUAUGGAGAGAUUGGUUAUCAUGAUCAAAUUCCAAACUUGGAUGUCAACGGGAAGUUUCUUAAAAGGUCAUUUGUUAGUUUACGGGAAUUUUAUGCAUAUCAGUUCCAAACACGGCCUACAGAAGGAAUGACUUUAACCAAGAGUGGGAGAUUAUUUCAUCAGUAUGCAGUCGACGCUUAUACAGCAAUUGAGCAAGAACGCCUAAGCUUCCUAAGGAACAACCAGAAGAAAUUACGAGCUGACAUUUACAACAACAUACGUGAUGCUGUGGACAAAGGUGAUACAGAUCCAAAACAGCUAGGUAAACGUGUAAUUCUCCCAUCAUCAUUCACAGGGGGUCCAAGAUAUAUGGCAGAAAAUUAUCACGAUGCCAUGGCUAUUUGUAGAACCUAUGGUAAUCCAGAUCUCUUCAUCACCAUGACAUGUAAUCCUAAUUGGGAUGAGAUUACAGAAUUUCUAGAGUUGUCCGGAAACAACACACCAAAUGAUAGGCCAGAUGCAGAAUGCAGAAUCUUCAAACUUAAACUGGGGCAAUUGUUAAGCGAUAUUGAUAAAGGCCACUUACUCAGCCCUCCGACAGCAGUUGUCUACACUAUUGAGUUCCAAAAACGCGGAUUGCCUCAUGCUCACAUUCUCCUAUGGCUUGGGGGAGAAUAUAAAAGUUUAACACCGGAUGAAGUGGACAACAUGAUUUCAGCUGAAAUACCAGACAAAGAGGAAGAUCCUGAAGGCUAUAGCUUGGUCCAACAACACAUGAUGCAUGGCCCAUGUGGAAAUGACCGCCCAGCAUCACCAUGUAUGGAGAAUGGAGUGUGCACCAAAAAAUAUCCAAGAUCCUACACCGCCUCUACAUCAGUGAAUGACUCAGGGUAUGUUGUUUACAGACGACGAGAAGAUGCAACUAAGACAGUUAUGAAGGGUAGCACCUUGCUUGACAAUCGUUACGUCGUUCCCCACAACAUGGCAAUUCUGAAGAAAUAUAAAGCACAUAUCAACGUCGAAGUCUGUGCUAAAUCAAAAGCAGUGAAAUAUCUUUUCAAGUACAUAACUAAAGGGGUGGAUAAGGCAACAAUUUACCUGGAGAGGAAUGGCGAAACAAGCAACAACGAGGGAACUACAGUAUCGAAAAAAUAUGAUGAGAUACAUAACUAUCUAGAAUGCCGCUAUUUAUCAGCCUGUGAAGCUAUGUGGAGAAUAUUUGGAAACGACAUACACUACAGAAAACCUUCUGUCCAACGGCUAAGAUUACAUUUGGAAGGAAAGCAGAGUGUUAUGUUCAGUGAAACAGGGGAUAUGGAAAGUGUUAUGGAUAGGCCAUUGAUUGAGAGCACUAUGUUCACAGAAUGGAUGGAAACCAACAAGACAGACAGCGAAGCACGGGAACUUACAUACAUCGAGUUCCCAAAGUAUUAUGUGUGGAAUACAUCCCUGAAAAUAUGGACGAAACGAAAACAAAGGGAUAGUAUAGGCAGGAUUUACAACAUCCACCCAAGCUCUGGAGAUCUUUACUACCUUCGAAUUCGGCUAAACUAUGUUAGAGGCCCAACAUGUUUUGAAGACAUCCGAACAGUCAAUGGUUUUAUUCACAAGACAUACAGAGAUGCAUGCUAUGCAGCGGGUUUAUUAGAUUCAGACUUAGAAUGGCGCGAUGCCAUGGGUGAAGCCUCUAACUGGGCAACCGCUGCUCAGCUGAGGAGACUGUUUGUCACACUCUUAAUCUAUUGUGAGACGGUUCAGUUUCCCGUGCAGAAGUCUGCUAGAAAAGUCGUCGACAUAAUCAUUACAAGGUUUAAAUUGAUUUGA